AAGGUAAGUAGAUAUUGGAGAAAGAAGAGACAAGAGUUUUUUUUUUACACCUCCAGAGAACAUGAAGAUAAGUCUGAGUCAGUCAUUUCUGCUCCUGGGCUUCGUCCUAAUAGUGGCGCUUUACUCAGAUGCUCAGCCUCUUGGAGCCGUCCCGCAGGCUGAGGGCUGCUGUUUUUCCUUUUUUAAAGGAAAGAUUCCAUCCAAAUUUAUCAUGCAGGUUAAGAGGACAAGUUCUCACUGUUCCCUGGAAGGCUUCAUUGUUACUACUCCAAAGUUCCCCAGCCUGUGUGUUCGUGAAGUCUCCAUCAAUGUCAAAGAGACAUCUUAAGCUUGCUACUGAGAUGCAACAACACACACACACACACACACACACACACACACACACACACACACACACACACACACACACAAAGCCUAAUAAACUCCAUGCUUUUAUUCACUGCAUAGCGUUGAUUAAACAUUUGUUUUAAAGCUUUUGGAUGUUACUGACACUUAUUGUAAUGCAAAUUCAAAUAAAAAUGAUCAACACACCACUGAG